AUGUCUAAAUUAGUGAAUUUCUCCGUAUUUUUUGCUUGUUUUGUUGUGUAUGUUUCUUCACAGCCGCUUCGAAAGUAUUUUUCAGAUGAAGGUGUUGAAAUUCAACAUGUUUCAGAGGAUGAUGGACAAGAAGUAGUUGAACAUGAUGGCAAUGAAGAUGGAUUAAGUGAGAAUGUAUAUGGAUGGCAAUAUUUAAAUUGGGGUCGAAAAGAAAGUGAGGUAUUCGGUGGAAAUAUUAACAACAGUUACCCAUACCGAUAUGAAGACAAGGCUGCAGAAGACUAUGAUAAAAGCUUUGAGCGAGAGAUGCGUGAACAAGUCGACACACAUAUUAAAAACAAAUUGGGAGUAAUUGCCAAAGAGAAAGUGCAGGAAAAGGAGGAAGAAGAGGAAGAUUGCAAUUGCUGUUGCACAAUGAUGUGAAGUAUCGUUUUGACGGAGUGUACAUAUUUAGUUUAGUAGACAUUUUUAAAGUAUGGAUUAGUUGACUUGAAGUGAGAUUGUGGUUGAAAUUAAAUUUUCCCCCUUUUCCUCGAAA